AUGAGCAAUGGCAAUUCGACAUCUCCUACCAAACAUACCAAUGGUCAUUCCAUUCACGAAGCAGAAAGCCUGACCUCAAGUGGCAUACCUCGAUCAGUCCUUGCCGCUAUCAGACCUCUAGAACCUCCCAGUGACCUAAUGUACGACGAUGAUCGUGAUUGGUCGGAAUCUCAACGGCCUCCUGAAGUACCAUUCAUCUUCUCCGAUGAUGAAGAUGGGUCUGCGGGGGAUGACGAGUCUGAGAAAGCCAAAGGCAAGCGGGCUGUCCGAUCAGUUGCCAGUCUUGGCAAGCGAAUGCCAAUCAAGCGGGACGAGAUAGUCCGGCUCAUCUUACAGGCUCUCCGAGACAUGGGCUAUGACCAAUCAUCUGACGUACUUGAAUCGGAAUCUGGUUUCCGACUUUCUGAUCGAGCGGCGGCAGAUUUUCAGGCUGCGGUCCUCGGUGGCAGAUGGGCAGAAGCCCUCGCUCUCUUUGAAGACCUUGGGAUACCCGUAGUGACCUUCCCAACAGAGUCUGAACCUACAUCGUCCAGUUCAAGCAGUCUUUCGGGGAAGACCAAGGCUGUGGCAGGUGGCGGCAAUUCACCGGCUGAGCAAGCGAGGUUCUUGAUCUCACAACAGAAGUAUCUCGAAUAUCUCGAAUCUGGCAACCAAAAGAGGGCGCUGGCCGUCUUGAGAUCCGAGCUGGCCCCUGUGGUGAAAGAUUCGGAAGUGCUUCAUACUUUGUCAGGGUAUAUGAUGUGCAUGGAUAAAGACGAUCUCUAUGAAAGAUCAAAUUGGGACGGCGCGGAAAAAACGUCUCGUCGUCGGCUUCUUGAACAGCUGCAAGUCUUCAUUUCGCCUGAAAUCAUGGUGCCAUCUCGCCGACUCGCCGCCCUGCUCGAGCAGGCUAGACGGUAUCAACAACUGUCAUGCGUCUACCACGACGAAGCGGGACCCUCUUCCCUCUAUACAGAUCAUGAAUGUGUCUCUGGGGAAUUCCCAUGUGUCACCACGCACAUCUUGGCGGACCAUACGGACGAAGUGUGGAGAGUAGAGUGGAGUCCAGACGGUAGUAUGUUGGCGAGUUCGGGCAAGGAGCAGACGGUGAUCAUCUGGCAGCUGAAGAUCACGAAAGCGGAAGACGGAUCCGUCAAAUACGGUAUCGAACAUCUGCACCACCUGACCGAUCAUCGAGAAUGCAUAGACGUCUUGGCUUGGUCUCCGGACGGCAAGACGUUGGUGACGGCGGGGGAGAAGAACUUAUAUCUCUGGAAUACUAGGACGGGCAAGCAAAAGCCCACUGUCACGGGUGUAUCUCCACACACCGACUCGAUCAGCGCUGUACGGUGGAUGCCUGAUGGGUCUGGCUUUGUCGCUUCUUCCAUGGACUGCAAGAUCAUCUUCUAUAGUCCGGCAGGUGCCGUCAUGAGAUCUUGGGCUGUUCCUUCACAGCAAGUGCUGGACUUUGUCAUCACCCCCGACUCUGCACGACUCAUUGCCGUUUCAAGCACACUACGGCGGGUACCUAUCGAUAGUAAACUGAAGCCUGCCAUGUCGGCUCGAGCUGGUCAAGGCCCCGACAUUGACGCACCCGAGGUCACCCAGGGCUUCGAUUAUGGUCAGAUGGAAAGAGGCCUGAUGAUAAUACGCAUCAGCGACAAGGAGAUCCUAGAUUGGUACAAGGACUUGAGGACGGACGCGACUUGCGUGACAUUGUCAUCAGAUGGGAAGAGAAUUCUCAUUAGUUGUUCGCCGGACGAGAUUCAAAUGUGGACCAUUGAGCCUCAAUUACGGUAUAUCCGGAAGUUCUCAGGUCACAUCCAAGGCAAAUUCCUGAUACGCUCGUGUUUCGGGGCGCCAAAGGAUCAAUAUGUCCUCUCUGGGUCUGAGGCAGAUGGGUCAGUCUAUGUCUGGCAGUCCGAAUCGCCUACGCCUAUCGAGGUGUUAGCGGGACAUGGCGAGACGGUUAAUUGCGUGGCUUGGAAUCCCAUAGCUUCGAGGAAGAUUUUCGCAUCGUGUUCGGAUGAUUGGUCGAUACGUAUCUGGCAACCGCCAAGUGCCUUGGAACGGACGUCUGAUGCGAUCGUGCAAGAUGGCCAAGGGGAAAACAAGGAGGAUGACGCUCAGCCCGAAGAACUAAUUGAAGAACUCGGAGAUACUGGCGCUGAGAGAUCUGAUGAGGCGAUGCUUGGAUGA